GUUUCAUCAUUACCAAGAAUCUUAUAAAACUUUUGUUCUAUUCCAGUGGCAAGGUUAGUUAUCGACAGGACAUAGCCGGGUUAACAUCCAAUACGCACGCAUUUGUCAACCCACCAAAAUCUGGCAGUUUGAAGAAAAUUUUACAAAAAUCGGGAAAAAUGUUAAAACGAUUGUGUUUAAUUUUCUCUGUGAUCUUGAUAGCAAAGUGUUGGGCUCGUGACAAUGUCGUUGUGGUUAAGAACCAGUUGGGCUAUUGUGAACCGUUAACGGUGGAUUUCAUUGCAACGCUCGUGACGAAAGAGGCUCGUCAGCUGAUCGCACCAGAUUUGCGGGCAACAAAGAAACAUGUUCGUUUCGAUUUGUAUACACGGAAGAAUCCGAACGUGAAACAAGUGCUCAGAGCGGGCGAUCAAAAGGGAUUGUCGGAGUCCAAUUUUAAUGUCGCAUGGCCAGUGAGAAUAUCCAUUCACGGUUGGAAUGGCAUGACGACAACAUGUUCGAGUGCAGCCAUUAAAGAUGCCUAUCUGGAGAUAGGAGACUUUAAUGUCAUUCUGGUUGAUUACAGUGACUAUUCGCUGGAUGUGAACUAUUUGCGAGUGAUAACUGAAGUAUUUGAUAUUGCGGAACAGAUAAAUGAUUUUACCCGGUUUCUGCACGACACCACCAAUUAUCCCUUCGAAGAAAUGUAUUUGAUUGGUCACAGCUACGGGUGCCAUGUCGCCGGUGUAGCGGGUAAAUUGUUGAAACCAUCACGUUAUGGGGUCAUCUAUGCCCUGGACACCGCGGGACCAAUACAUCAAAGCAUUGCCAAAGAUUGGCGCCUAACCCCAGAUGCUGCGCUGUAUGUGGAAUCGAUACAAACGGAUACGGCGUUAUUCGGUUAUCGGGGCACUGAUUUGGGACAUGCUUCAUUUUUCCCCAACUGGGGGCUAGGGCAACCACAUUGUCCAAAUGCCACUGCUACCGAACCGAAAUUUACUUGCGAUCAUUUCGGGUCUUUGUAUUACUUUACGGAAUCUCUAAGAAAUCCAUAUGCCUUUGGGGCGAUACGUUGUAAAAACUAUAGAAAUGUUAUUGAACAGAAAUGUGGCUGCCCCUCGGGGUCGAAAGAAUGCCCUGCGGAGGUUUUUAUGGGUGGUGAGCCGGCUCGACGUAAGAAAGGUGUUUUCUAUUUGAGCACAACAAAACAUAGGCCUUACGGUUUGGGAGCUAUGUGUCGUAUGCGUCCAGCAUUGGAGUCAACGGUGGUUCGAUCGACAAAUACCCAAAGGAGGCGAAGGGGGAAAUAA